CCGCUGUGCAAGAGAAAGGAAAAAAUGGCGAAUUUCGUGGAAGUGACGACCCAACAGCAGUUUGAAGAUUUCUUAGCUAGAGCUGGAAAAUGCCUUACUGUGGUGCAUUUCCAGGCGGCAUGGGCGCCUCAGUGCGAACAAAUGAACGAAGUGAUGGCCGAGCUGGCCAAGGAGCACAUGCACACCACGUUUAUCAAGCUGGAGGCGGAAGCGGUGCCAGAGGUUUCGGAGAAGUACGAAGUGUCCUCUGUUCCUACUUUCCUUUUCUUUAAGGGGGGAGAAAAAGUGGACCGCCUGGACGGGGCCCAUGCGCCAGAGCUGACCAAGAAGGUGCAACGCUUGGCAGUGACUAAGAGUGUAGGGGAAACUGCGGAAACUAGCACCACAGAUCUGAACCAGCGGCUCAAGAAGCUGAUCAACGCGGCACCCUGCAUGCUCUUUAUGAAAGGGUCCCCACAAGAGCCCCGCUGCGGUUUCAGCCGGCAGAUAGUGGCCCUGCUGAAGGAGCACAACAUUCAGUUCAGCAGCUUUGACAUCCUGUCUGAUGAGGACGUCCGACAGGGGCUGAAGACCUACUCCAACUGGCCCACCUACCCUCAGUUGUAUGUGAACGGAGAGCUGGUGGGGGGACUGGACAUAGUGAAAGAGCUGGCAGAGUCUGGAGAGCUGGAGAACACCUGCCCAAAAGCUGUCAACUUGGAGCACCGACUGAAGACCAUCAUCAACCAGAGCCUGGUCAUGCUGUUCAUGAAGGGCAACAAGGGGGCUGCAAAAUGUGGUUUCAGCAGGCAGAUAUUGGAGAUUUUGAAUAGCACAGGUGUGGAUUAUGACACCUUUGAUAUUCUGCAGGAUGAAGAAGUGCGUCAGGGGCUGAAGACUUACUCUAACUGGCCAACCUACCCCCAGCUAUAUGUGAAAGGGGAGCUGAUUGGAGGUUUGGACAUUGUCAAAGAGCUGAAGGAGAGUGGAGACCUGAUGUCAGUGCUGAAGGGGGAGUCAUAGGUGGAUUUGCCAUGCAGUCAGAGAGAGGGAACAAGAAACUACCACACAUGUCCAGAUUGGCCUGCAGUCAUUGAUGCAACACUAUUAGAGGGGCAGGAAGUGAAAGAGAGAAUUUCCUCAAAGGAAUUCGAGAUAAUAAUCUAAUUGCCAAUUUAUAACUGAAUUAUUGUAGCAGUUGGAUCAGUUCAUGUUGAAAAAUUAAAGUGCAGUUAACAGUGAGAACUUGGUUUCAUUCUGAAUUUUCCAUAGAAGGAGAUAAAUCUUCAGAAAUAUUUGAAGUCAAAAUUGGAUGAUCCUUGUGCUUAACUGAGUUUAGAAAACCCUGCAGUUAGUGAUUGGUUAAACCCCCGGCUUCUUGCAGUUUGACACUGGGAGUGCACACUGUAGGUUCACACUUGAGAGCAAGUUUAUAUACAGCAAACCAUUAUUUUUUGACUGGUAAAGUGCUUGACUCUCCAUGGCAGUCUAUCCACACUUUCUGAAAUACAUUAAAAUAGUCUUUUACUAUAUCUAAGAAUCACUAGCUGAAAUGCUUAGAACUAGUUCUAUGUGGCACAUUUUGUUUGUUCAUCAAUAAUGCUAUGAUUAAACCAAAAAAUAAAAUU